CUUUCACUUUCUGCAAAGGCGAGUCCAGCCAGAGCGCAAUCGUGGCCUCGGCCUUUCCGGCGGAGGAGGCAUGGCUUCUUCGGCUUGGUGGCCGGAGGGCGGGCGUCUCUGGGCCUGGGGAGCCGGGGCGGGUGCACUGCUGGCCGGCCUGCUGGUCCUCGCCUUCUCCCGCUUCCUCUUGGACGUCUUCCACCGAUGGAGAGUCCUGAAGCCCAUCCCUGGCAUCAGCCCUUGUUACCCGCUGCUGGGCAAUGCGCUACUCUUUGAGAAGCAAGGCGAAGCUUUCUUCCAGCAGCUGAUGACAUACAGCGAAGGAUUACGAAGUAUCCCACUGUUCAAGCUUUGGGUAGGACCAAUUCCUUUCCUGAUACUUUAUCAUGCAGAUACUGUCGAGGUUAUCUUGAGUAGCUCGAAGCAUAUUCAGAAACCCUAUCUCUACAAGUUUCUUCAUCCUUGGCUGGGCACAGGACUUCUAACAAGCACUGGAGACAAAUGGCGAUCAAGAAGGAAAAUGUUGACUCCAACCUUCCACUUUGCCAUCUUAUUAGAUUUCCUUGAUGUGAUGAACGAACAAGCUAGUAUUCUUGUUCAGAAACUUGAAAUACAUGUGGACAAAGAGCCAUUUGAUUGCUUUUUAUACAUUACACUGUGUGCCCUUGAUAUAAUCUGUGAAACGGCCAUGGGCAAAAAUAUUGGUGCACAAAACAAUAAGGAUUCAGAGUAUGUCCGGGCUGUAUAUAGGAUGUCUGAUCUCAUUCAUCACAGACAGAAAUCACCAUGGCUUUGGCCUGAUCUUAUCUAUUCUAUGUCUCAAGAAGGAAGAGACCAUUCCAGGUGCCUGAAGAUAUUGCACACCUUUACUGAUAGUGUUAUUGCCGAGAAAGCUCAACAGCUGAAAAACCAGGAGCAUAAGAGUGAUGUCGUAAUCAAUGGUGAGCAAAGCAAGACCAAAGUGAGGAGAGCUUUCCUUGAUAUGCUUUUGACCACCACUGAUGAAAAUGGGGAGAAGAUGAGUUACCUGGACAUUCGAGAGGAAGUGGAUACCUUCAUGUUUGAGGGUCAUGAUACUACAGCUGCCGCCAUGAACUGGGUUAUUUACUUGCUUGCAAGUUACCCAGAAGUCCAAACAAAGGUUCACAAAGAAUUGGAUGAAGUUUUUGGCAACUCUGACCGUCCCAUCACAAUGGAUGAUUUGAAACAACUGCGAUAUCUGGAAAGUGUUGUUAAAGAAAGCCUUCGCCUUUUCCCUUCUGUUCCAUUAUUUGCCCGUACUUUCACCGAGGAAGUCCAUAUAAAGGGAUUCAAGAUACCUCAAGGAACUGACUGCAUAAUCGUGCCUUAUGCAUUGCAUAGAGACCCCGAUGUCUUCCCAGAGCCAGAGGAGUUCAGACCUGAGAGAUUCUUCCCAGAAAAUUCAAACGGGAGGAACCCAUAUGCCUAUGUGCCUUUCUCUGCUGGUCCCAGGAACUGUAUUGGUCAGCGCUUUGCACAGUUAGAAGAAAAAACAAUUCUAGCCACCAUCCUACGGCACUUUCAGGUUGAAACUAAGCAGAAGCGUGAUGAACUUUAUCCUGUAGGAGAAUUGAUUCUUCGUCCAAAUAGAGGCAUCUGGAUUCAGUUGAAAAGAAGAUCAUCUUCUAAGUCUUGAAAUACACCUUGAGAAGAUUCUCGACUACAGCAUUUUUCAUCUGAAUUGUCAUACAGCAUUGGACAUGGGGUAGUCCCUUGUGCUCUGAAACUGAAUCAACUUGUUGAUUUUUCUGAAGGAAAUAAACAAAUGGUUUGAUGGGGGUGGAGAGGGACCAGUUUUUUAAAUGAAUGUAUAAAUUGAAGCAGAAUGUUUUAAAAUACAGGCUAGCUAUGCAUAAAUAUUAUUUAAAGGAACUUGGAAGUAUAUGUGAAAUUAUCCAAUAAUUCAUAACGACCCCAGGCUUUGAAGCAAUGUAUAAAAUUUAUAUUUCCCCUUUCAUCCUUGAAGUUUUAAUAAAGGAUCCUCCACAGUUUA